UAAAAUUCAUAGCAAUUUUGUCCACAACAUUCAACAUUCUUUUAGGAAAUAAACGUUCAACAUUUAUCAACCUUAACCGCAAUUAACUUCACAUAUAAACCCAUGUCAUCUCCUCCCAUCAUCACUUCUUCUUCAUUUUCAUCAUCCAACCCAUUUUCUAGCCUUCCAGAAGAUGUGAUUAGGGCCCACAUAUUCCCUCGUUUAGACGGGUGUAGCUUAGCUUCUGUAGGUUGCGUCACACCGGAACUCCACUCUCUUUCUUCUGACCACCAACUUUGGUCCCACAUAUGUCACUCUAAAUGGCCAUCUACAACUACUUCAACUCUAACUCAUCUCAUUUCUUCCUUCAAAGGUGGGUCCCGCUCUUUCUUUUCUUUAUCUACUCUCCCUCCUAAUCACAACAUUCCAUCUCCAUCACCAUCGUUAUCCGCUCUUCCUGAUCAAAUAAUCUCAGCCGUUGAUAUAUUCUACCGUGGAAAAUGCAUCUUCAGUAAAGUUCAAGCGACAGAAACGGUGAGUGGGUGGUUCAAGUGUUCUCCCUUUCGAAUUGACUUGGUGGGUCCCAAAGAAGCUGUCCCUACACCAAUCAGUAGGCCUAGCCAUGAAGAUACGUGUCAGAAUCUCUAUGCUGACCUGGAGCUGAGCUGGAUUGUUGUGGACCCUACUGGUCAUAAGGCGGUCAACGUGUCAAGCUUACUACCUGUAUCGGUGGAACGACACUGGCUAAGUGGGGAAGUGCACAUACUGUACGCAACCGUAGUUUGUGGUCAUGUCACGUGCAGUGUGGAGGUCACGUGCGUAGGAGGAGGUCCUGGUGGCCUCGUGUUACACGUGACUGAAGCUUGUCUGAAAAUGGAGGAUAUAGAUGGAGCCCACUUGAAUGGGAGGGACAGUUUGGUAGUUUUACAACGAGUAUUGGAGGGUAAAAGAGGAAAUUUGUGUAGUGAAAAUAGAAAAAUGGGGAAAGUGGAAGAAGGAAGAAAAAAAUAUUUGGAAUUUUUGGAAAGAAGAAAAGAGAGAAGAGAAAAGAUAUUGAGAAGAGAAGGAAGGUUAGAUAAUUUGUGUGUUAUGAUUGGGAGUUUUCUUUUUGUGGGUCUUUUUUAUUUGCUGUGUUUUUAUUGAAGAUAGUUUUACAAAAAGGAAAUAUUUUGAAGAAAUAUAGAAAAUUGAAUUUAGAUUUUAGACAGAUUUAAUCAUGAAAAAAACAUGAUUAUUUCUUACUUUUCAAAUAUGUAUCAUUUUCUGUUACCCGAAUGUAUAAAAGAAAUAUAUACUGAAAAUAUAAGAAGUGAAAAAUAAAAAUAGAAUCACGAUUGCUAGAAAAUUUGGCAAUUUAUUUCAUUGUUGAUGAACUUUUAGUUUGUACAAAAAAUUUCCCGCCUUUUUGUUUGCUUUUUUUUUUUUUUUUAUAUAAAUUUACCUAAAAUAAUUUAUCUUACUCACAAGUUUUCUGGAAUAAUUUCAACUCUCCAAGUUUUUUUGCAAUAAUUUCAACUCUCAAUUAGCCAUAGAUAAUACCAUUUAUUAUUUCACUUAACCCUGUUGUUUGGUUACCCACUAUCGAUUUUAGUUGGUAAUAAUAUUUUCUUUUCUUUUAUUUUUUAAUUUACCAUUAAACAUUCAACUACUUGCCAUUAAACAAAACCUCCCAAAUAACUUUUGAUCUUCUCUCUCUCCUGUAAACCCAUUCGAAUCCAUUCUCUUGUGAUAUCUUCCAUCUAAUCUCCAUCUCCUAUAAACAAUACCAUUGGAGCUCGCUGCAAUUCUCUCAUCUCCAAGCUACUUUAUGCAAUUCUCCUUUCCAAAUGGUAAGUUAAAUCUUAUAAAUUCUGCAAUUUUGUUUAUUGUCAAUUCAACCUAAUAAAAUUUUAUUUUUUUUAUUGAUUUGUUGUUCAUAGUUUCUUUGAUGAAGUUACUAUAAAAUGGUGGUAUGGUGGGGUAUUUAAGAAAAAUAGGGUUGGAUUAGAGCAUGUGGGUGGUAUGUGUAAAACAAUGAGUGUAGACCCAGAUAAAUUGUCUUGGUUUGAACUUAAAAGGAAUCGUUAAGCAAGAUGUGGGUUACAGGCCAUAUUUUGAUUACAUCUUGGGGUUUUCCUUGUAAUUGAACUCCUACUUGAAGAAGAAUGGGAAUAGGUGAUGCUCUUCAUGAAAGAAAAUAGGAAUGAGAUUGAUUCAAAAAAAACAUAAAAAUGUUCUUGAACUUGAAGAGGCUGUUGCUGUAUCCAUCAAUGGAGAUACUAAGCAUUGAAGAAGGUUGAUGACAACGGUCAUAUUUUGACCUACUGCAACCGAUAAACAAAACCCAAACAAUAAUACAGGUUAAGUGAAAUAAUAAAUAGGAUUAUUUAUAGUUAAUCAGUAAUUGAGAUUUUAUAGAAAAAUCGUAAAUAGGUUAAAUUAUUCUGUUUGAAACUUGGUCUUUGUGUUAUUAUGGAAGGCAUGUGAAUUAUGAAGUACAUUCGAACGCAAUUAGAGACUUCUAACUAUCUAAGUUUUGUAAAUGUGGGUCCAAAAUCCUAAUGUGGUGUUUCCUUGGCUGAAACUGAUUGUUUUAUAGGCUCAUUAUAAAGAACAUCUCAUACAAUAUCAAUCACAUUUUCGAAAAGUGUUUAAAUAGCAAAAAAAACUACUCUAUCUAGCUUUUUUGUUAGUUUUUGGCUUGUUAACCCACAUAUUCUCUAAUAAAUAACUAACAACCAAUACUCUUAAAUUUACCAAAAAUCUCCAUUAACAGCUAGUUUUUUCAACUAACUUAAAAACCACAAAAGCAGACAAUUUUUUCAGCUGAUUAAACAAGCCAAAAGGCAACAUCGAACAGCCAACA